AUGACUGACUCGAAGACGGCCAUGUCUAAGGCGUACGAUGGUUCUCCUGAAUUGACGGACAAUGUAGCCGAUAUCGCUCAUGGGGUGAACAUGGAGGUGUACAGGGCGACUGUCCCGCUAUGGAAACGGGUAUGGCAGCAUAGUUUGACACAGAUGAUGCUGCUGAGUGUCCAGGCAUUCUGUGGACCAGCUAUGGCUGACGCGAUUACGGGCCUUGGGGGUGGUGGUCUUGCAACUGCGAAGGUGUCAAACAUUUGCACCGCAAUCACAUACGCGUUGCUUGCGAUCGGGAGUUCGUCAGUCUGUUUCAUGGGUGGUCCGAUCGUGAACAAGAUCGGUGUCAAGUGGGCCCUCGUUCUGGGCGCAAUGUCCUUCCCCAUCGAAGGGUCGGCAUACUACUGUAAUAGCAAGUUUGGCAACCAAUGGUAUCUCAUUCUGAGUGGUGCCAUCAGUGGCAUUGGAACCGCUUGCUGGUAUGUUGCUGAGGCUGGAGCUAUUAUGACGCUUGCACCUUCUGCCUCCCGUGGGAAGUAUUUGGCUCUGUGGAUUGUGUCGCGUAACCUCGGACAGCUGGUUGGAGGAGCAAUCAACCUAUCGAAAAACCAUGAGAAAGGAGUCGAUGGUGGAGUUUCUCCCGAUACUUACAUCGCCUUUGUGAUCAUUGAGUCUCUCGCUCUGCCUUUCGCACUGCUGAUUACUCCUUUCGAAAAAGUUGUCCGAUCUGACGGUACCAGAAUUAUCACUUCGGAAACCCUUUCCACCAAGAUGGAAAUGAAACGUAUUCUGAAGACCAUGACCUCGAAACUUGUUGUGUUUUCUGCCCUUUGGGCAUUGUGGUCGUUCUUCUACAGUGGUACCUGGAGCACAUACUUGGCGACUUACUUCUCCGUCCGCGCCCGCGCUCUCUCGUCUCUCGUCUCGCCUUUCUUCUGCAUUGUGGGCUGCUUUGGUCUUGGAUUUAUCCUUGACAUGAAGAGUCUCAGCCAGCGCCGCCGGGCCCAGAUCGGUCUCUUCACCGUCGUCAUCCUCAAUGUCGGGGUGUACAUUUGGUCCAUAACUAUGCAAGUCAAGUUCAACCACCAUAACCCGGGUCACAUUGAUUGGCAAGAUGCACUGUACCCUUCUGCUUUCUUGCCAUAUUUCUUUGUGCAGACCACAGGUCCAUUGUCGCAGUCAUACAUGUAUUGGCUUCUGUCUUCUUUUGCCACGGAUGCACAAGAGAAUGUACGCAAUGGCGCUGCAUUCCGAUGCAUCGAAGCCAUUGGACAAGCUAUCUCCUACGGUAUGAAUACUCAGACGACAAAUAACCCUCUUGUUGGAUUUUGCGUGACAUUUGGCUUACUCGGAGCGGCUGUAUAUCCCAUGAUUAUGCUUGUCAACACAACACCAGACCGCAUUCCCGCCGACGUGGUUGCCGAGGAGCAGGAUGCUGCGCUUGAGAAGAUUGAACAUUUGAAAGUGUCUAAUCAAACCCCAUUUGGUGCCCCAGUCUAG